AUGGCAACACUGCUGCGUAGCGGGACAAUUGUGAGCACUAAGCGCAAUAGAUCGGGCUCUUUAGCCCUUCUGGUUGCAAGAUUUCCAAGUAUUCGCGGAUUCGCAUCCAGAAAGGAAAAAGUAAAGGGCAAAAAGGGUGGCGAUGACAACUUCGAGCAGAUGCUGCGUGCCAUUAAAGGUCAAUAUCCCGACGCCGAAGAGUGGACAGAAGAGGAAAAGCAACGCCAUCAGGAAAUCGGCCGCCGCUACAACAUCAUGACAACAAUUGAGCACAACCAUUUCAUGCGUGACGUACAGACCAAAAUCGAUUUAAAGUGGGAGGCAAUCAAUGCGCUUCCUGCGGAACUGCAAGCAGAAGCACUGGAGAUCGACGAUUCUCCUGUGCCGGAGGAGCGCGGCUUCGCCACUUGGACGCCCCCCAUCCAAGGCUUUCGGCAAUACUCUGACGAGGGAUUUGGAGCGAGGGAGUAA